AGACGAAAACGGUUACGAACUCUGGGAGACAAAGUUUCUCGGCCACAUGCGGAUCAUUGGCCUAAAGGACACUAUAUUGUCAGACAAUAAUCCAGAUGCAGAGAAGAAUGCUGAAUGCUACGCUGAACUGAUUCAGUUUCUUGAUGAUAAAAGCCUUUCACUGGUAAUGAGAGAUGCGACUGACGACGGAAGAAAAGCUUUAAAAAUACUCCGUGACCACUACGAUAGUAAAGGCAAACCUAGAAUCAUCGCACUGUACACAGAGCUGACGUCUUUACAGAAGAAACCUGAUGAGACAGUGAUAGAUUAUAUUAUCCGAGCUGAAAAAGCAGUGACCUCCCUAAGAAAUGCAAAAGAAGUCAUCAGUGAUGGACUUAUUAUCGCUAUGAUAUUAAAGGGGCUUCCUGAAGCUUACAAGCCAUUUGCUAUUCACACAACUCAAAGCAGUGAAGAUUUAACAUUCACACAGUUCAAAAGCAACCUACGAAGUUAUGAGGAAACCGAGAAAUUCGACAACAAAGUGAAAACAGAUCAUGUGAUGAAGGUUGAUUUAACCUCAAUCAUCUGUCAUGGAUGUGGAAACCGAGGACAUUUUGUAAAAGAUUGUCGCCAAAAGGGAACACCUAGAUGGUGUAGCUACCAUAGAAGCUCGACACACAGUGAUGAGACAUGUAGAAGAAAAACCAAGUACAGAGAUGAUGCUAAACUAACUGUAGAAAAACAAGAGGACAAGAAAGAAGAGCAGACUUUUGUAUUUAAAGUUAGUCAAAGACUUCUGCCUACUGACAUAAGAAGAGAAGGACUAAUGGUGGACUGUGGUGCUACUUCACACAUCAUUACGGAGAAGAACAAGUUCAUAAAGUUUGAUGAGACUUUUGAUCCUGAGAAACACUACAUGGAGCUUGCUGAUGGAUCCAGGACAAAUAACGUCGCACUCAAGAGGGGAGAUGCCAACGUCUCUCUACAGGACGUACAAGGACACUGUACCACCAUCACAUUGAGAGAUGCCUUGUUCAUCCCAUCCUACCCUCAGAGCAUAUUUUCAGUGAAGGCAGCUACAACCUAUGGAGCACAGGUGAUCUUCAAGAAGGGACAGAGUGAACUGGUGAACAAAGAUGGGACAGUCUUCUACAUCGAAGAAUACAACAGACUCUACUAUUUGAAAACGAGCAACAUGUGGAAUUCCCCAAACCUAUAAAGAGGCACUGAUGUCACCAAAGGCAACAAUGUGGAAACAGGCAAUGACAGAAG